AUGCGCACUCUCGGCAGUAAACUUUUAGCCGUCGUCGUUUCCGGAGGUCGUCGCAGACGGAAGAAGGCGACCGCGAGGAAUGUGUUUGAUGCAAAGGAAAUGGUCAACGUAGAGGAAGCGUGUCGCGCUCGCUGUCGAUUUCGAAGUGGUGUGGAUACUUCAGAAGCGCUUUCAGGCAGCGCGCGAUGCCACGACAAAUAUGGGCGUUUUGCGAUGGUUUCUGGCUUUGCUGCGCGAAUGAGAGUUUCCGUGAGCUGGCCCAGAAAUGUGCACGAUAUAGUCCUCGGGAGCAGGAACACGCAAGCGACCAGAGCAUCUCGACAGCGAGGAGCCGCCAGUCGCCGACCAGCCGCAAAGAAGACAACGGAUUCGACCUAUUUACAGACUUCAGCGGCACUCGGGAUGAAUCGGGACGCGUGUUCGAGCCGCGAGAAGCACGAAAAAGAGAAAAAAACCUACACAACUUCGCUGACAGCACCUGAUUCAUCGAUUCAGGAAAUGGACAAUUCGGCUUUAUUUUGCAGGAGGCCCGAGUUGAUAGCUGCAAAGUCUGCUCGUCCAACGUUUAGCUGGUAUCGCAAUGACGUCGAGAUAUUCUCGAAUACAUCACGCUACGUCACGAGCCGAGGCGACCUGGUCGUGCUGGACGAUGGACUUCCGAUGGACGGCAGCUAUCGGGUUACUGCCUGGCUCGAUGCGUUGGGCGAAGCAGCCUCCGGCGUCUAUUUUGUAGCCACCGACAACACAGAUCGCACGGAAAACCCGUUCUCGAUCAUCUACGGACCAGCUGACCUCGAACUGCUCGAUGACGAGGGCCCCGAGAUGGCCGAGUUUAACUGUUUGCCAAGCUAUAGUUCCGACUUCAACAUCCAUUGGUACAUCGACGGCGGGGAGGCCACGGAGGAACAUCGGAGGAUCAAUUUGGAGCAGCACAUGCGCAGAUUGAUCAUCUCCAGAAAAGCGGCUUUGCUAAAGGGCAAACAACAAGCUACG